GGGGGCGGGGCCGCAGCACAACACACACACACACACACAGGCGGACUGCGUGUUGACUUCCUCAAAGUGGUCACUGUGGCGGCUGCCGCUCCGACCGCACUGCCCGCCGUCCGCACGGGGCUGUCUGGAGAGCCGAGUACACACUCAGGUGGUCGCUGAGAAGGCGGCGUGAAGACCGCGAACCACACUUGUAUUAGUAGAACCGUUCACUGUUGGGGUGCAUUAACACUGAGGAAUAGGAGAGGAAUCCUCGCGCAAUAAUUCCGCCAUGGAAUAGUUUUCACCACCAGCUGUCAUAAUGCAUGCAGUUCUUUUAAAAAGGUGAUCAAAAUAUCUGAAAAUGGCUGACAAAAGCGGCAGGCCCGGUCCUGUGUUCAUCGAGGUAGAGUACGACUAUGAAUACGAGUAUAAGAACAAGAAGAUAGUUAUUAAACAGGGGGAGAGGUAUAUUCUAAUCAAAAAGUCUAAUGAAGACUGGUGGCAGGUGAAGAAGGAUGAGAACUCGAAACCCUUGUAUGUUCCCGCUCAGUAUGUAAAGGAAGUUGGCAGAAAGGCAUUGAUGCCGCCUAUCAAACCGGGCAUUUUGCCCAAUAGUCCUUUGAAAGUCAUGCAAGGGCUGCAGAGGUCGACCGAGAACGUUAACAAAUCUCCAGAGCUUUCAAGUUUUGGAAAAACUUCCACAAUUCGGGAUGCCAACCAGAACUUUGGACCAAAUAGUAGCCCUGGACAGACCAGAGGACUUACUCUAGAUCUGGUACAUAAUAAUGGUAAGCUGUGUACAGAUUUGCAUUCACCCAAGGCCACCAGUAGGAGCCCCUCGGCCAUGCAUUUCCCUAGCUCGGAAUUUAUGGAAAUUGAAAAGACAAACUUUUCUAACGAUCACUCCGACUCUGCCGGGGAGAACUCUGAAAAAAUCCUUGUGGAUUCUGAAUCUGGAGACGAACUGAGUAGCAGUUCUACCGAGCAACUACAGUUCUCUGUCUCUCCUGCCACUGCAAGACCCGAUUCUCCUGUGUAUGCAAACCUACAAGAACUGAAGAUCUCUCAGUCCAAUCUCCCCCCUCAACCUAAUGCGCCCCCUGUCCAAAUCACAGGGGAGUGGGAGACGCACAAAGAUAACACUGGACGUUUCUAUUAUUAUAAUAAAACCACACAGGAACGAACUUGGAAGCCUCCGCGCUGCACUAAGGAGACCAGUAGGGGAGAGUCCUUUUCUCAGGCAGACAAUGAGCAAAUUGCAGCUGAAGAAAAUUUUCACAACGCUUGUGACAACAAUCAGUCAGAUAGUCUGUAUGGGUCUCCUCCCAAGGGCUGGUCAGAAGAACUGGAUCAGCAUGGCCAUACUUUCUUUAUCAAUGACCAAACCAAUGAGAAGUGGAUAAAGCACGUGGACGAUCAAGGUAGACCAUAUUACUACAGUGCGGAUGGAUCACGCUCUGAGUGGGAGCUGCCAAAGUAUAAUUCCUUAUUACCACCCCAUCAGAGAGAGAUCACUAAAAGCCGGAGUCUUGAUAGAAAAUUCCAAGAACCAAUAGUUUUAACCAAGUGGCGACACAGCACGUAUCUGCUGGAGGCCAAUGACAAGUUGCAUAUCAAGCAAAAGCGUAAUUCCUCUGAGUAUUACAUUCCUAGCCCUGGUUUUUUGACCUCAUCUUAUUCUAUGAAAGAAUCAACCACUACAUCCAAGCCAAAUUUCCCUGAUGUUGAGACGUCACCAUCUUCCCCGAAGCACCAGUCAACGGAUCAAGAAAAGUAUGGUGUAUUAAACGUAACCAAAAUCACGGAAAAUGGGAAAAAAGUUAGAAAGAACUGGACAUCCUCAUGGGCCGUGCUGCAAGGGUCAUCGAUAUUGUUCCAAAGCACUGGAGCCAGCUGGUCCUUCUGCACCCGUUGUUCAGUCUCUGUGCUCCUCCUGUCUCUCCUUUCUGCCUGGAAAAACGCUCUCAAUCGUCAGCAUUUUGUCAACUAUAAGUUUGGCGGGAACCAAUCGAAACCGGAGUUCACGGUCGACCUUAAAGGAGCCUCUGUGGAGUGGGCCGCGAAAGAUAAAUCCAGUAAAAAGAACGUUAUAGAGCUUAAAACUCCCUCAGGAACAGAGCUACUGAUACAAACUGAAAAUGACAAUAUGAUCAAGGAAUGGUACACGGCGCUCUGCAACACCAUCGGCAUUCCGAUUAUGGAGGCUGACGAGACCAAUGAGGAUAUGGUUCCUGACUCCCCCGUAGAGAAACAUGGGAAAGACAAACACGACAAGGAAAAGGAUCAUGAUUCAAAAAAGAAUCGAUCCAUCAAACAAACAUCCAUUGAUAAUUCAGAGCAGAAGAAGACCAAAACAAAGUUAAAGAAAUUUCUUACAAGGCGACCAACAAUGCAAGCAGUGCGUGAGAAGGGCUACAUUAAAGAUCCUGUAUUCGGCUCCAGUCUGGCCAGUCUCUGUCAAAGAGAAAACACUACAGUGCCAACAUUUGUAAAGAUGUGCAUCGACCAUAUCGAACAGCAUGGACUGGACAUAGACGGCUUGUAUAGAGUCAGUGGAAACCUCGCUGUGAUACAGAAGCUCCGAUUUGCUGUGACGCAUGAUGAGAAACUGGACCUGAAUGACAGUAAAUGGGAAGAUAUUCAUGUGAUUACUGGAGCGCUGAAGAUGUUCUUCCGAGAGCUUCCGGAGCCUCUAUUCACCUUCAACCAUUUCGAUGACUUUGUGGAAGCCAUCAAACAAGAGCCCAAGCUGCGUGUCCAGGGAGUCAGAGAUUUAAUUAAACAGUUGCCAAAGCCCAACCAGGACACAAUGCAGGCACUCUUCAAGCAUCUCAAACACGUUGUGGAAACUGGAGAAAAGAACCGAAUGACCUUUCAAAGUUUAGCAAUUGUUUUCGGUCCGACGUUACUAAAACCGGAACAAGAGACUGGUAAUAUCGCCAUUCACACGGUCUACCAGAAUCAGAUCGUGGAGCUCAUUCUGCUGGAAUAUAACUCCAUAUUCGGCCGCUGACAUCACAUUUCCGAAUCGGAGCGGCCACUCUGACAUCUCAUCCCGAAGGACUCCUUUAUAAUAUUAUUAUAAUUAUUUGCAUCACUGAUAUUUUAUUUUAGUUGUGUUAGUUUUUUUUUUUUUGUUUUUUUUUUUUUGGACCAAACUGUUUUGUGCUCAACUUUGCACUUGUAUGAAGAUGGAGAUUAACCUCUGCAGGUUUGGACGGUUUUUGAAGCGGCGGCAUUGACAUUAUUCAUUCGUUACUUUUAUAUCGUUUUUUUUUUAUUUUAUUUUAUUUUUUCAGUUUUUCUGCUUUCAGAUGCUUUUUGCUUAACAGAACUGCAAGUCUAACACAGACACUGGAUUGACUGGAGAAUAAAACUACUAACAUCACACCGUAGAUACAAACCUUUGAUCACUAUUGCUUGCGCUGAAGUGUUUGAAGCUGACAAUUUGGUGGUGAAUCAUUUUUUUGUAGUGAAUUUUGCAUCUCGUACGUGUCUCUUGAUGACGACAAUGACUUGUGUGCAGGCAUGCCGUAUAAUCCGGUGAGUAGCAGCUGCCGCGCUAUCUUACCAUCACACGGAUCCGCGCAGAAUGUCUGAUAUCUCAAGCUUGAUAUUACCGCUAACAUUUUGGCUUCUGUCAUUAUGGCCUUUGAAGAACUGCACAGUUACUUAUAUUGUCCUAUUUAAAAACCACUCAAAUCCUAUGCAGGAUUCAUCGUGUUUUCUUGAACUGACUUUUGAUUGUGUGUAAUAGUUGGGUAUUCUAUUACAUUACUGUGUAUUAAAGAGCACUUGCCCCUUAAAAUUUAAAACAUAUUUAUAGAUCCAGUCCUUGAGUUGUCCUCAAUUUGGACAUAUCAUUGUUAUACAGUGAAGACCACUUCCCGUACCAGACUGAAUUUUCUGUGACAGAUUUUCAGUUCUUCAUUUAUUUUGUAUUCUAUGAAAAGACCACCCCUCCUAGAAGACCACUUUUUGUGCAAUUUCGGGUGGUCGUCUCAAAGAGGUUUCACCUGCGUGUGUGACUUGGAGAGCUGGGUGACAACCAAUAUGCUUACCAUUAAGCUCUCCAAUGAUUUCUUCUUCUAAUGCAGUGUUUCCCAACCAGGGUGCCUCCAGCU